AUGGGCAUGGAUAAAUUGAUCGACGCUCAACAUGAACUUCACGUGCGUAUAUUACGUAGUGUCGACAAUUUACGAAAAAUCGGGGCGGCCAAGCUGAACGUGGACACCAUCCAAGCUGCGAUCCGCCUCCUGGACGACAAGUGGACCAGAUUUCAGGAGCUGCACGAGGAGCUCCGCGACAAAUACUGGAAGGAGAUAAAGGAAGAUGAGUACACCUCCGACGACCUUCCAAGCAAGGUCGAAACGGCGUAUUACACGCAACGCUCCGAACUCGCCGAGAUGGAGGAAAGGCUUUCCAAGCCGUCGAAAGCUGACACCUCCGAGAAGGCUCGAGGAAGCGCGCCGUCCCGCAAGACCCUGCCACGCAUCAAUCUGCCUCAAUUCAGUGGCAAGUUCGAGGAUUGGCCAAGCUUCCGGGACCUGUUCUGCUGCAUCAUCCUCGGGGAUCCAUCCUUGACUAAGAUCGAGCAGCUGCACUAUCUCAGGACGAGUUUCAAGGGCGACGCGGAGCAGCUCAUUCGGAACUUGCCCUCCACGGAAGACAACCUGGAACAGGCAUGGGACAUGCUGACGACAUAUUCGAGAACAAGCGCCUCCUCGUGCGUUCCUACCUGA